AUGACAGCGAGUUUUCAGGAUGAUCCGCAGAUAUCUCGCGAGCACAUUAAUGUCAACGUGGGCAAACGGGUUCGAAUGGAAUGUGAACUGAGUAAUUUAACAAUAUCUGGGAAUAUGAAAGGUCUAUGGCUCCGUUUAGAAGAUGCCGAAGUGUUUUUCUAUUCAACAAGUCGAAUCAAUUCCGAUCAACGUUUUCAAAUCGAGCAACGUCCUAUCCUACAUAUUAAUAAUGGAACAUCAUACGAAAUAAUGACAUAUUCAUUGACAAUUGAUGAUGUACGUUUAGAUGAUGGCGGGACAUAUUCAUGUCAAGAAGAUAACAGAAUUCUCAAACUAUUUCUUUUGAAUAUUGUUGAACGACCCUACUUUACAACACAUGAAUAUACAACAUUAUUGCGUACGCAAAUCGGAAAAAAUGUGUCUAUUGCAUGCGAAGCACAAGGCAAGCCCAGUCCAUUUGUCAGUUGGAUAAAAAAGAUCGAUGACGAUCAGCCCAAAACGAUGAUCAAUUGUACAACUACGCCUACCACCUGUCAAUUGAAUCUCCUCGACGUUAAUCGUUGGCAUCGCGGCGUCUACGAGUGUGUCGCAACGAAUUCGAUCGGUACCAUUGGACGAUUUUAUACUCUAGAUGUUCAAUUUCCUCCUGAUGUGUAUAGUUCAAAAGUAAAAUCAUUUCAUUCAAUUGGUGAUACAAUUACGUUUGAAUGUUUGAUUGAUGCUAAUCCGGAACCGGAUAUACGGUGGUUACACAGAUUCAGCGAUGAUAUUAAUCAAGAAAUGGAUCUCUCUCGGCAAUAUAAUCAAGGAUUUUAUAAUAAUAGAAGACGAGAUGGGCCGAUUUGGUCAAUUACUCAAGAAAAAAUCAAUUCCACUCGAUGGAAAACUAUUCUUUUUAUCAAACAUAUACCAAAGCGAUUUUUCAACUCAAAAUUUAUCUGUCGUGCGAAGAAUCGUCACGGACAAAAUGAAAAAUCGAUCACCGUCAUUCAAAAUCAGCAUCAUCAUAUAGUUUCGAAAAAACAUCGUCAUACAUCCCUUUCAACAAGAAUCCCUACAACAAUUCUCCCAAAACAAUACAGUGCAGAUGAAUAUCAAUCCACUAGUACAGUUCACUUUUUCUCACAAGAAACAGAUGAGCUAUCCAAUGAUUCACGAAGACUCUCACCAUAUUUAUAUUAUUCACUUCUUUUAACUUUCUAUUCAUUUGUAUAA